GAUUAUUCUACUCAUUUGAAGAAGGGAGAGAGGGCUAUACAAUGGGUUUGUAUCGCUUUAACAUCCUCUGACGUCAGCCUGAUGCAUGAUCUCCCCAGCCUACUCUAAUGCGAGCAGAGAGGAGACGGACUAGUUCUGUAGCCUGACGGAGUUUACAGGGGGGGGAAAAGGUAGCCUAGUGUUGGCCACUCAUUUCGGAAUAGUGGAUUUUCGUCCGUUUGACACCAGUGAUGCCCUUCAAAGAUGACAAAGCACUUGAUGCGAGAAAGAUAAGACAUUUUUUUUUUAAAGAAGCAACAUUCUGAAGAGACAGAUUAGGGAUGCUUGAGCGUUGUCACAGCGACACAUCUUGCUAGGACAAUGUGCACGCGCCCCGCCGGGAGAGAGGAGGGAGCGUGAGCGAGCGAAAGGGGCAAUCGCACAAGCGCAGCAUAUUUUAAGUCUAUACCAGUCGGAGGAGAAUCACGGAAACCGUGGAACGCUGUUACCCAGCGACGAAGCAGGCAAGCACCACCAAAUCGUCCAAGGUAUUCAAACUGUCGUUGGUGCUGUCCUCUCCACCGGCGAAGGGCAAGCGGGGAUGUAUUUUUUGUAGAAAAUUCACCCGCAUUUGAAAUCACUGUUGACAAUUUAUGUAGAUGAGGAAUUAGUAUAUAUCGUUUCGUUGUCAACAAAUAACGAGAUAUAAAGAUAUGUAGAGUGACGCGUCAGAGAAACUGAUCAAACGAACAAUUCAUGUAGGCUAUUUAUUAUUAUUGCUAUGCGGAGGAGGCGGCGGAGCCAAUUCUCUGUAGUCUACCUUGGUGGAAGAAUCAUUCCAGAACCCGCUUUAAUGCCUUUAUCUAGUGCAUGUGUAAUGCGCCAUACGCAGCAUUAGGCUUUAUUUUUUUUGGUAGCCUAUUCAUUUCCCUCGGUCAUUGUCUCCCGGUCCCUUAUCAGAAUGUGGUAGUCCGAUCAACCUGCAGGUCGGUCAGAUUGAGCUGGUGUUGUCGGUAAACAGAAACCGGGGAAGGUUUUCAAAGUCCAAGCUUCUCCAAAGGACUAUGCUUCAAUAUUUCCCGUUCUAAAGGAAUGGUGUGACAACGGUGUAGAAGUCAAAGACGAGGGCAAAAUCAAAGGAUUCCUUUUGAAAAACCCUUGGAAUCCUGCGACCCCCUUGGAACACAUAACAGGGUUAGUUUGUGACCGCCACCGUUGACCAGGAACUGUGACCGCAGACAUUGACCGUGAUGAGGACCGUACAGGAGGAUGGAACGUAACAGAGUUCUGACCGUGGAGCCGUUCCCGACCGCGACCGUAGACCACCAACACUAACCACAACCACACCUUCUAAAGAGUGCCCGGUCUCCCCCUAACCCUCCACCACUCCAGCCCCUCUGUCUUACACCGCACCCCUCCCCCCCUUGCCACUCCACUCCUCCACCUAUCCUCCUGCACUCACUCCCUCGCUCCGGACCCCUUUUUUUUGAGGGUCCACUUUUUCUUUCAUAAACACUCUCAACCACCACUUCUCUCUUUCCAUUGCGAUGUCCUUUCUUUCCAAUCAUCUAUACCUUCAUGAACAUUGAGUCCUCUUUGGGAAACAGACAUACACGGACGAUAAACGUUUAGUUGGAGGCGGAGUCUCUAUAGCUGCCAGUCAUGUAUCUUUUCCCUUUAUCCCUGUGUAAACCAAGUGGGCGGGGUCUCGCCUCUAGUCUCCGCCCCCGCUGCUACAUGGCCGACACCUGUCUAGUCUGGCUCCUGGGCCUGGCUCUCCGCCUCUCCCUGACCUCCUGCCAGAAGAUGAACCCCGCCAACAAGCCCCCCAUGGUGACCACCAACUACGGCAAGUUGCGAGGGCUCAAAAAGGACCUGAACAACGAGAUCCUGGGGCCAGUGGAGCAGUACCUGGGUGUGCCCUAUGCCACAGCGCCCAUCGGAGACCGCCGCUUCCAGCUGCCCGAGGCUCCUGGCUCGUGGCAGGAGAUCCGCAACGCCACAGCGUUCGCCCCGGUGUGCCCGCAGAACGUGCACGGCGUGCUGCCGGAGAUCAUGUUGCCGGUGUGGUUCACAGACAACCUGGAUGUGGCAGCCGGCUACAUCCAAAACCAGAGCGAGGACUGCCUCUACCUCAACAUCUACGUGCCCACCGAGGACGGUCCGCUCACAAAAAAACACGAUGAGUCUACAAUGAACAGACCGAGAGAUGAAGACAUCCGUGACCGUAGGAAGAAGCCAGUGAUGCUGUUUAUCCACGGAGGCUCCUACAUGGAAGGAACCGGAAACAUGUUUGACGCCAGUGUCCUCGCCGCCUACGGCAACGUUAUCGUGGUCACUAUGAACUACCGUCUGGGCGUCCUCGAGUUCCUCUGA